CUACACCCCCUCUUCUCCUCUUCUCUACACCCCUUCCUCCUACUCCCGUGACAGGCUGCACCCCCUGGCUCUUAUAUGGGCAUCUCCACAUGUGCUGCACAAUCCCUCAGUCUGCAGGGCAGCUCACGCCUCCAGACCCCUCAGAGAGAGAAGGCAAGUAGGGAACAGGGACGUUACCCGCUCCACACACACCAGCACGUCUGGGUCAGCGAGGGAAGAACAGAGCGCUGAGGACUGACGAGAGCCGAGCGCUGAGGAGUGGCCGAACGCUGCUGAGCUGCUGAACAGCUAGUUGUUGCAUUCUGGGAGUUCCUGAUUCCUGUCGGAGAAAUCAUGAGGAGCAUGAAGCUGCUGCUGCUGCUGCUGCUGCUGCUGCUGGGGGUUCAUCUGUGCGUUGGUGCACCCAUCAAACUUGUGGGGAGUGCAGCAGACAGUCAUGAUUAUGCUAUAGAGGUGAGAAGCUCACCUAAGGAAGCUCCAGAGGAACCUGCUCCUGAAGAACCAGCUCAAGAAGAACCAGCUCCAGAAGAACCAGCUCCUGAAGAACCUGCUCCUGAAGAACCAGCUCCUGAAGAACCUGCUCCAGAAGAACCAGCUCCUGAAGCUGAGGAGGAGGUGGUAACAAAAGAGGUGGUAGCUGAGGAAGAGGUUCCAGCUGAACCAGCUGAGGAGGAGGUGGUAGCUGAGGAGGAGGUGGUACCAGAGGAAGAGGUGGUAGAGGAGGUGGUACCAGAGGUGGUGGUACCAGAGGUGGUCAUCCCAGUUGACGCUGCCCCUGAGGAGGAAGCUAUAGAGGAAGAAGCUGCUUUAGAGGAAGUUGUCCCAGUCAAGGAAGAAGCUGCCCCAGAAGCUGCAGAAGAAGAAACUGCCCUGGAAGUAGUUGCCCCAGUUGAAGAAGAAACUGAAGCAGAAAUUGCCGCAGAAGAAACUGCAGAAGAUGCUGCCUCAGAGGAAGUUGCCUCAGUUGUUCCAGCUGAGGAGGAAGAUGCCCCUGCUCCAUCAGAAGAAGAAACUCCUGCAGAGGAUGCUGUUUCAGUUGUACCAGCAGAAGCAGAGGAGGAAGCCACCCCUGAGGAAGCUGUGGAGGAGGAAGCUGUGGAGGAGGAGGUUGUAGAGGAGGAGGUUGUAGAGGAGGAGGUUGUUGCAGUUGUACCAGCAGAAGCAGAGGAGGAAGCCGUCCCUGAGGAAGCUGUGGAGGAGGAAGCUGUGGAGGAGGAAGCUGUGGAGGAGGAGGUUGUAGAGGAGGAGGUUGUAGAGGAGGAGGUUGUUGCAGUUGUACCAGCAGAAGCAGAGGAGGAAGCCGCCCCUGAGGAAGCUGUGGAGGAGGAAGCUGUGGAGGAGGAAGCUGUGGAGGAGGAGGUUGUAGAGGAGGAGGUUGUAGAGGAGGAGGUUGUAGAGGAGGAGGUUGUUGCAGUUGUACCAGCAGAAGCAGAGGAGGAAGCCGCCCCUGAGGAAGCUGUGGAGGAGAAGGCUGUAGAAGAGGAGGCUGUGGAGGACAUUGUUGCAGUUGCUCCUCCAGAAGCUGUGGAAGAAGAGGCUGAGGAGGUUGCAGAAGAGGAAGUGAUUCCUGUCGUAGUCGAUGCAACUGAGGAGGAACCAGUCCCAGAGGAAGCUGAAGGUGCUGUUGCUGUAGAUGUUGAGGAAGAACCAGCCUCUGUGGUCCCUGAGGAAGCUCUCCCUGUGGAGGAACCUGCUCCGGCAGAGGAACCUGCUCCGCCCUGCCCACAGUGCCCUGGGUGUCCAGUGGUAGAGACGGUCGAGGUGGACGAGGAGGUAGUGGUGGUGGUUCCCAUGGCAACUGAGCCUCCUGAGGAAGAGCUGGGAUCCCCAACUGCAUUCCUUCUAGAGUUGGAGGCACCCGAAGAGAAGACAGGUCAGAGGCCAAGCAGGUGGCAUAGUCCCAAUCAUGUCAGGAGGAGGUGUAAGCAGGGGACUGCUAUUGGGCUCAGCCUUCAUCACGCUGCUGUCACUCAUCGCUGUGGGAUCAGCUGGAAAGGCCAUCUCCAGGAAGAUGCGCUAGAGACUGAGAGAUACACAUGGUCUGGGUAGCCUGGAUGUCUGGAAAGCUGCAUGGAUUCACUGAUGAUCUGAAACUGAAGGCAGCUGGCAGCUCAAGAGUCUGAUGUCCUGGACUGAGACUGUACACAGACACAUACACACACAUUUUACACACAGACAUUAACACACCCAAAUAUACACAUGUACAUGCAUGCAGUCAUUCACACACUCUCUCUACUCUCUCUCUCACUCACACACACACAUUUUACACACAUUACCUAUGUUCAUUUGGAACUCCCAAAUGGGACAGAGAGGUCAUCCUCCACCCUAAGGGUGGACGUAUUCAUGUAUAUAUAUAUGUAUAAGUGUCAGGUCAAGGGUGGACAUAUUCAUGUAUACUUUAUGUGUAAAUGUCAGGUCAAGGGUACAACUGCAUUAACUUUCUCUUUAUGUUACUUGUACAGAGUGUCACCAUAUUAGCAGAAUUGUUGUUGAUAUGAAUAUAAUAAUGUAACAGUGUUAUUGUCUUCAGAUGUGUGAAUGAGUGUGUGAAGUGGAUGAAUUAAAGGGAUGUAACGAUA